AUGUCAAAUUUUUUAUAUAGUGUUAAAUACUUUUUUAUCUUGGAUAACAAGGGUAAUAGAAUUAUAGCAAAGUAUUAUAGUAAUGAUUUCGAAAAUGUAAACAAACAGAAAGCUUUUGAGAAACGUAUAUUUGAAAAGACUGCCAAAGCAUACUCGAAUGUCAUCAUUUACGUCGUUGGAGACAGAGAUCAAAAUGAAUUGGCACUACUCCAUGUUAUAAAUAGUUUUACUGAAACUUUACAUUCUUUGUCAGAGAAUGGUAUAAAUAAAAAGACGAUUUUAGAUAAUAUAAACUUGACACUGUUGACAUUGGAUGAGAUUAUCGAUGAAGGUAUCGUUUUGGAGAGCGAUCCCACCGUUAUUGCAGAUCGUGUUGGUAUUAGGGUCGAAGGUGAACAGGAUGAUCUUGACCAAUCGAUUUCACAAGUUAUUACAUCUGCCAAUAAUUUCUUGAAAUAUUUAAAUAAAUAA